GUGUGAAGCCAGAGGGUUGUUUUUUUCCAGAAGAGGAGACGAGGCAGAGAGAGUGGAUUGUGCGCGUGAAACAAAAUCAAGCAGUCAAAGAAGAAAUGGAGCAGCAAUGCUCAAGCAAAAAGGAGAAGAUUGGAGGUAAACAUUUUUACUUUUGCUUCCAAUUGACAAGUCAAGAAUCCUGAGGGAUCCUGUACAAUCAUUGUGGAAAUGAGACAAAGGGAUAUUUCCUUGCUUAGAGUCGGCUAUAAAUAGUGUAAUGCCGUGGAUGGCUGGCAGGCUAAUGUGGCCUACCGGCGCACUGUCAAGUAAUUAUUACCUAUAUCCACUAGGGAGGGUGGUUUAAUUAUUCUUCAAAAGGGCUCUUAUUUAGUAUUACGAUGAAAGUAGGAAUUUAUCAUAAUUACCAGGAUAAAUCAUUUGGUCGUGAGUCUUAUUGAGGUCCGGGGUCACCGCGAUCAGAGUCAGCCAAGUCGCUGUCCGAUUCCGAGGCUGCACUGUCAAACCAGUGAGCCAUAUUCACCGAUUGCUUCGCAAUGGCCAUAGGUUCAUACUGGUUUCACCUCUCGAUAUUUAAUUUGGAGAGUUCCUACUUCAAAAUCGCUAUCACUUUCCGACAUUUUACACAGCCUCUCAUGACCAAAGUCCGUACAUGUAUGCUCGGUUAGCAAGUAAACACAGAACUGCUCCCAGUCUGUUUGGCUUAAAUGAUGUCACGAUGACAGUCCCCUGGUGGUGAAAGUGCGCAUAAGUGAGAUAUAAACAAACCUUUGGAAAUUGGGCAAAACAGUAUAUUUUAACCGUUUUAUUCAAUUUUAGGGUGCAAAUUAAACAUUAGGAAAAUUGAAUUCGCUUUUUGGGUCAUUCUUCUAGACAAUAAAGUUGAUAUUCUACGUUUCACCUCGGACCAUUGCCUAUGACCUUUAAUACCGAGAUAACGAUAAACAAAGACUGCAAGAGCUGCAUGUCUAUAAUAUAAAGUCAGUAACCAAGGGCGGCUGGUGCAUAAGGGCGAUUGGGCGACGCACUGCCAAAACAAAAAAAAAAGGGUUUUUUUCUUUUUUUAAAACAAAACUUUCACCAGUGCUGCUCAAGGCCGUUUUAAUCUGUCUCUGGAUAUCAUUGUCCAAUCAGGGUGGUCUUGCUUCUAGAGUACCGCCCCUUUUGGGAUGAUUUCAGUCACGCUGAAAAUCGCCCAAGAGUUCACUGAUAGAGUCCCAUGUUAAUAUAUAUUUUUUCUCCUGACUGACACUUCAAUGCAAUCUCUAUGGGUUCCGGGGGGCUUGCCCUAACAUGCUUAUGUCACUGCGAAGUGCAGCAAAGCUGCGUUCGAUCCGCUCAGUUUCUGAGGUGAGAUGGAUGCGGAAAGCAAUUCAGUGCGGUCCUUAAAAGAAGUUCCAUUUAGUCAGCGAUCAAAUCGAGCUAAAUUGGCAACAAAACAAGCUGGACCCCCCUCGACCAAAUCUAAACAUAAAACAAAUUUUGACAAGGGGGGGAAAUCAUAUACUCGAGGUUUUACUUCAACAUGGUCCCAGCGCAAAUCCUGGCGAGCUGGCUGCAAGGACGCCUCAGCGGUUUUCUGCUACCCCUGCUUACUUUUCCACCCUGGAGGUGGCUCCACGGACAACACUGCUUGGAUGGUCACUGGAGUUUCGGAUAUGCAUCAUUUGUCGGAGAAAAUAAAAAAACGUGAGUCAUCAAAGAUUCACAUGGGCAGCUGCCUGAAAUUUUCGGCUUUUGGGAGAGUGAACAUCGCUACACAACCGGAUGAGGGCUACAGGCUAGCAGUUCGCCGCCACAACGAUGAGGUUUACCGUCCAAACGAGAUCACAUGGGAUUACCUUUCACAGAGCAGGUCAGACAGUCAGGAUCAGAGAGGGAGCCGUUCCUUCAGUCUUCAGUUUCCCAGCUCAUCUCCACCAGAUGACAGUCAGCAGCAACUGCAACACAGUGCGACAGGAGCUGGAGGACCCGGAGUGUGAGACAAUACAGGAGCAGGAGCAAGCAGGAGAACCAACAGCUGAAGAGCUAAAGAUUUACAAUUUACUGUUGCUUGUUUUAGCUUAUUGGUUACCUACCUACCUCUGUAUUUAAUUCAAUGUUCCCAAUGUUCAGCUUUGAAUAAAAAUUCUAUUGACUUGAUA